UUGCACCACUGCACCCCAGCCUGGGUGACAGAGCAAGACUCUGCCUGAAAAAAAAAAAAAAGAGUUAAACUACACAUCUUCACUUUGGAACCCUUCUUUCCUUUUGUCUUACCACUUGUUCCCCAGCACUGAUUGAAUACUAAGACCUGUCAAGUACCGAACAGAAAGUACCGUAAGAAAAUCUGACAUAGACACAAAGAGAUGACACAUGUUAAAUAAAAAUACACAUACAUGCCAGCAGGCAUACAUACACAUGUGAUUGUUUCUACAUUGAUGAGUCUUCCUUCUUUCUUUUCAUUUAUUCGUUCUUAGUCUUUUUUGGAGGACAGUGCUGGGAUCAUCUCUUUUUAUUUUGCUUUGGUUCCAGUCUAGUUAACUCAAAAUGCAUAGGGUUAGAAAAAAUAAAUUACAUUUUAAAAAUCACAAUAGCAGUGAACAUUUUAUAACAUCCAGUGCUUGAAGUAUGUGCAAAACAAUCUUACAAGUUGAUAAUAUUGUUAGCUUGGUUUUAUGAACAGGGAAACGGAGGCUCAGAAUGGUUGAUCAACUUGCAGAAAGUCACACAGCUAAUAAGCGCAAGAGGUUGCUUUUUCACUGUACGUGUUAAAUAGACAUCAGCAAGAUGCAGUGCCUGAGCAACAUCAUGGACAGUUUUGAGAUCCACACUGUUCUAACCCUUCUCUGGCUCAAAAAAAAAAAAAAUUGCUGGUAUAUGUCAGACAAGGCUUCCAAAGGACAGGGACCACCUUUUUUGUGUCUUACAUUAUCAGUUUCUAACACAGGGCCUGGCACAGAGCAAAAGCUUAGUAAAUGUAAAAUGAAAAAGAAAGGGAGAAAGAGGUACGGUGGUGAAUCCCUGGUGGUAAUUUGGGAGCUGGAAAACAAGAUCUUUCCAAUUUUAAGGUGAGCACAAAAGCAAGGACAAUUUGGCGUUAAAAAAAAAAAAAAAAAAAAAAAAAAAUUCAACAAAUUGGUCUAGGAAUUGGUUGCCCAGAGAAAGAAACCGGGCAGAAUUUAAGGACCAGGACAGAAGGGCUCUCCUGGGUAUCUCCUGACAGAAGAUGGGAAAAGGAAAAUAUACAAGGCAAAGUGAUUUAUCCUGAGGUCUGCAGCUUGCCAUUGGCAAAGCUGGAAUCUGAAGAAAGCCUGGGUCUUUCUCCUACAACUGGAGCUCAUAUCUCCUGAUUUUCCUAAUUGGGCAAUUUUCCAAACUUUUCAUUGUUUUGGCUGGAUCCUGCUGAGAAAGAUGAUUUUUCUCAAGGCUGGAAUAAAAGAUUCCUCAGGUUGAGAUAAGAGAGGGUCUAAGCCAGGGAUACUAAGGUGUCAUUGAGUUCAAAGUAGGAAUCGUCUAUAAUCUUUGCCCGAGGGCGGAGUGGCUGUGCCAGCAGGUAAACACCAUGGUGAGGAUAUACAGAGUGCUCUUAUUCACUGUACUUGUCCAGGGAUUGUGUGGAAGCUCCCAAAACAGAGUAUGGGAACCACCUACCUGCAUCAUCUGCAUAAAACCAUGAAGAACGUUCUUCCUUGGAGCAAAGGGUUUUAAAAAUAGGUUUAAAAGAAAAGAAAAGAAAAGCACUGCCUCUGGUUUCCUGUAUUCAGAAAAGGAUCUCAUAUCAACUCCUAGAGAUUCAGCGAAAAAUAACAAAAUGUUUCCAGUCUAUUGUUUCCCACCCUCUUUGUCCUGUUCCCUUCCCCUGGGCUGACAACUACUCCAGACACAUUGCGGUUCGCAAUCCUGUGAAGUCAAGAGCAAGUGUUCUUAGGGGCUCUGCACCCAGGCAGUGGCUGUUGUCAUCAACUCGUUAGGCACUGCCUUUGGCCCCCCAACACACCCCGUUUUGUAACAUUCAUCCUAUUUGUUCUCUCUUUUGUAUGCUGUCUCCCUGUGACAUUAUAAUGUAAUUGACAACUGGGCCAGAUCUGUCUCGUUCAUCACUGUUCCCCAAAUCUAACCACAAAGGUGCCUAGAACGCAGCUGAUGUUAAAUCACUAUUUUUUCAAUGAGUUGAAUCUAUUCAGGUACUCAUACUUUCUUUUCAGCGCUCCUACCACAGAAAUGGUCCACAGCCUAGUAGAUGCUCUGUGCAUAUCUAUUGAAUAACAGAGGAAGCACAUCAGAAAUUGCCACCGCCACCCACUGUAAAAAAGCAGGUCUCUUCUUGAGCAAAGAGGAAACCUAUGUUGAGUUGACAGUAAGAGAGAGAUCCGCCUUCCUCCUUGAACCUGAGGAAGAGGGAAUCAGUUUCUCUAGUAUUCCAGGUAAAAGACAGUGGACAAUGGGCAGGUUCUCAUCUCCCUGCUACUCAGUGCUCAGACUUUGGAACACAAGUUGUUUUGCUUGACCUAUGUGUGUCUUUUGACCACCUCUGAUGAUUUAUUUAUCUGAUUUGAGUGCCUUCCUGAUGGAAAACACAGUCUGUUGGAUGACAGUUCACUGAUUCUCUCUUGAUGUCCAUUAUCUCUAGUGAUGGCCUUCCAUGAGCACAAUGGCAGGAUUCUUGCCCAGUACCCCAAACUCUUCUGUUUUGUUUUGUUGAUAUGUUUCUUUUGUUUUGUUGGGAGCCUGCUAUUGCUUACAUAGAAUGUCUUCUGCCCGUGGUAACGACCUUCUUGAAAGAGGCUCAAACCCUGAUUUGUAAUCUCAAAGAGCAGCCUCCCAAGAGGUAGGAUCUCCCCACGGAGGUGAAUACCUCGAGUUGGCUUUUUUAAAUUAAGGCUCCACAUUGUAACUAGUCAAUGUACAUUAUUGGGAGAGUGAAUGUCAAUGCCACUGCGUUUUCUUUCUCUCCUUUAUCUUUGUCAGUGAUUCAAAGACAUGAUUUAUGGUUAGUCUCCGACUUUCAGCAUCAUCCAUCAAGUCCUGGUUUCACCACAGGGCUCCACGUUGUAAAUCAUGCCGAAGGGUUGUCACUCAUUCCCCUUAACCCUUUAGAGGUGUGUUUCAGGGUCGUUCUCCAAGAAGGAAACUUUGUAAGAUGGCAGUUGAGGAGGCUUGGACAGUUAAUGGGGACUCAUUAUUAAAUCAGUGGCGUUAAUUACUUCACCUAAUGUGAUAAUUAUUAAAGCCUGGGUAAGGCCUGGGUCAGCUCCACCCAGCCCAGACAGGAUGAGAAACUCACUCCUGGUGACUUGAGAAACUCACAGAUUCCUGAACCAGCCCUACUCUGUUUUGAAAUGUCCAUUAUGGAUAUGUAGUGCUGAGUUUCAUUUUGGAAUCAAUCACAGGCUAGUUCUGAUUGUGACCUUGCAAAGAUUAUAGAAUGAGUGCAAAGACCCAUUAGCAGCUGCUAUUUCAGGCUUUGUAAAUUACCAGUCCUCUCCUCCUCCCACACUUUUUUUAUGUCUCUAUCACUCUGUGGCUCUCUGUUCGUUUGUCACAUUUGGGAAGGUGGGGAUUGGUGGCAAUGGGUGAGGCUGAAGACUGAAACUUGCAGGCAGAGGAGCAGGACUUUUUGCAGAGCCAGAUCUCCCCUUCUGGCUGGUUCCAGUCACCCAGGAUCAAGCCUUUGAGACAUGGGACACCUGGUAGAAGCAAAGUCCAGGCUACGCCCAGGAGGAACAGCUGAAAGAAGAGGAGGAAAUAAAAGAAGAAGAGGAGGAAGAGGACAGUGGUUCAGUAGCUCAACUGCAGGGUGGCAAUGACACGGGGACAGACGAGGAGCUAGAAACCGGCCCAGAGCAGAAAGGCUGCUUCAGCUACCAGAACUCUCCAGGAAGUCAUUUGUCCAAUCAGGAUGCCGAGAACGAGUCUCUGCUGAGCGACGCCAGCGAUCAGGUGUCGGACAUCAAGAGCGUCUGCGGCCGAGAUGCCUCCGACAAGAAAAGCAACACUCACGUCAGGCUUCCGAACGAAACACACAACUGCAUGGACAAAAUGACUGCGGUCUACGCCAACAUCCUGUCUGAUUCCUAUUGGUCGGGCCUGGGCCUCGGCUUCAAGCUGUCCAAUAGCGAGAGGCGGCACUGUGACACCCGGAAUGGCAGCAACAAGAGCGAUUUUGAUUGGCACCAAGACGCUCUGUCCAAAAGCCUGCAGCAGAACUUGCCGGCCAGGUCCGUCUCGAAACCCAGUCUGUUCAGCUCGGUGCAGCUGUACCGGCAGAGCAGCAAGAUGUGCGGGACUGUGUUCACCGGGGCCAGCCGGUUCCGAUGCCGGCAGUGCAGCGCCGCCUAUGACACCCUCGUGGAGCUGACCGUGCACAUGAACGAAACGGGCCACUACCAAGAUGACAACCGCAAGAAGGACAAGCUCAGACCCGCGAGCUAUUCAAAGCCCCGGAAGAGGGCUUUCCAGGAUAUGGACAAGGAGGAUGCUCAGAAGGUUCUGAAAUGUAUGUUCUGUGGCGACUCCUUCGAUUCCCUCCAAGAUUUGAGUGUCCACAUGAUUAAAACAAAACAUUACCAAAAAGUGCCUUUGAAGGAGCCAGUCCCAACCAUUUCCUCGAAAAUGGUCACCCCGGCGAAGAAGCGCGUUUUCGAUGUCAAUCGGCCGUGUUCCCCCGAUUCGACCACGGGAUCUUUUGCAGAUUCUUUUUCUUCCCAGAAGAACGCCAACUUGCAGUUGUCCUCCAACAACCGCUAUGGCUACCAGAAUGGAGCCAGCUACACCUGGCAGUUUGAGGCCUGCAAGUCCCAGAUCUUAAAGUGCAUGGAGUGUGGGAGCUCCCAUGAUACCUUGCAGCAGCUCACCACCCACAUGAUGGUCACAGGUCACUUUCUCAAGGUCACCAGCUCUGCCUCCAAGAAAGGGAAGCAGCUGGUGUUAGACCCACUGGCUGUGGAGAAAAUGCAGUCGUUGUCCGAGGCCCCAAACAGUGAUUCUCUGGCUCCCAAGCCAUCCAGUAACUCAGCAGCAGACUGUACAGCCUCUACCACUGAGUUAAAGAAAGAGAGUAAAAAAGAAAGGCCAGAGGAAACCAGCAAGGAUGAGAAAGUCGUGAAAAGUGAGGACUAUGAAGAUCCUCUACAAAAGCCUUUAGACCCUACAAUCAAAUAUCAAUAUCUAAGGGAGGAGGACUUGGAAGAUGGCUCAAAGGGUGGAGGGGACAUUUUGAAAUCUUUGGAAAAUACUGUCACCACAGCCAUCAACAAAGCCCAAAACGGGGCCCCCAGCUGGAGUGCCUACCCCAGCAUCCACGCAGCCUAUCAGCUGUCCGAGGGCACUAAGCCACCUUUGCCUAUGGGAUCCCAGGUACUGCAGAUCCGGCCUAAUCUCACCAACAAGCUGAGGCCCAUUGCACCAAAGUGGAAGGUGAUGCCACUCAUUUCUGUGCCCACAAACCUGGCCCCUUAUACUCAAGUUAAGAAGGAGUCAGAAGACAAAGAUGAAGUCGUGAAGGAGUGUGGGAAAGAAAGUCCCCAUGAAGAGGCCUCAUCUUUCAGCCACAGUGAAGGCGAUCCUUUCCGUAAAAGCGAAACGCCCCCAGAAGCCAGAAAGACCGAGCUGGGUCCCCUGAAAGAGGAGGACAAGCUGAUGAAAGAGGGCAACGAGAAGGAGAAACCCCAGCCGCUGGAGCCCACUUCUGCUCUGAGCAACGGGUGCGCCCUUGCCAACCACGCCCCGGGCCUGCCAUGCAUCAACCCACUCAGCGCCCUGCAGUCUGUCCUGAACAAUCACCUGGGCAAAGCCACAGAGCCCUUACGCUCAGCUUCCUGCUCCAGCCCAAGUUCAAGCACAAUUUCCAUGUUCCACAAGUCGAAUCUCGGUGUCAUGGACAAGCCUGUCUUGAGUCCCACCUCCUCAAGGCCAGCCGGUGUGUCCAGGCGCUACCUGUUUGAGAACAACGAUCAGCCCAUUGACCUGACCAAGUCCAAAAGCAAGAAAGCCGAGUCCUCGCAAGCACAAUCCUGUACAUCCCCGCCUCAGAAGCACGCUCUGUCUGACAUCGCAGACAUGGUCAAAGUCCUCCCCAAAGCCACCACCCCAAAGCCCGCCACAUCCUCCAGGGUCCCUCCCAUGAAGCUGGAAAUGGAUGUCAGGCGCUUUGAGGAUGUCUCCAGUGAAGUCUCGACUUUGCAUAAAAGAAAAGGCCGGCAGUCCAACUGGAAUCCUCAGCAUCUUCUGAUUUUACAAGCUCAGUUUGCCUCGAGCCUCUUCCAGACAUCAGAGGGCAAAUACCUGCUGUCCGAUCUGGGCCCUCAAGAACGUAUGCAAAUCUCGAAGUUUACGGGACUUUCAAUGACCACUAUCAGUCACUGGCUGGCCAAUGUCAAGUACCAGCUUAGGAAAACGGGCGGGACAAAAUUUCUGAAAAACAUGGACAAAGGCCACCCCAUCUUUUAUUGCAGUGACUGUGCCUCCCAGUUCAGAACCCCUUCUACCUACAUCAGUCACUUAGAAUCUCACCUGGGUUUCCAAAUGAAGGACAUGACCCGCUUGUCAGUGGACCAGCAAAGCAAGGUGGAGCAAGAGAUCUCCCGGGUAUCGUCGGCUCAGAGGUCUCCGGAAACAAUAGCUGGUGAAGAGGACACAGACUCUAAAUUCAAGUGUAAGUUGUGCUGUCGGACAUUUGUGAGCAAACAUGCAGUAAAACUCCACCUAAGCAAAACGCACAGCAAGUCACCCGAACACCAUUCACAGUUUGUAACAGACGUGGAUGAAGAAUAGCUCUGCAGGACGAAUGCCUUAGUUUCCACUUUCCAGCCUGGAUCCCCUCACACUGAACCCUUCUUCGUUGCACCAUUCUGCUUCUGACAUUGAACUCAUUGAACUCCUCCUGACACCCUGGCUCCGAGAAGACUGCCAAAAAAUAAAAAAUCACCCCAGCCAUUUCUCUUCAUCCUCACUAACAAUUUGGUAAUGAAGUAUUGAUUUCCACUUCUCUGCUUAUGGGCGAUAUUAGAUUUUCAUUGAUAAACUGCAAUGGGUCUGUCUCGUCUCUACAAGGACCCUUUUCACUGUCACAAGAAAACAAAGUGCCACCGAAGAAAAGUAAUGACUGAGAACAUUGAUGUACUUAUUUUGUCAGUUUGUAACAGGAAAGUGGGUACGAGGGGGAGUAUAAGUCUUCAUAGUUUAAUGUCCACGUGGGCUGCACUCAAGGUAGACAUUUGGAGGCUUACUUUUCAUGGUAAUGUCCAUUUCCUAUUUAUAACCCCUCUGGGAACGUUUGUCUAAAGGAAAUGUUUCUGUUCAGUGUAACAAUUACGGUUGCACCUGGAUUGCCCAGUCCUGCCCCUGCACAAGGGGGCCAUUAAUCACUACAAAGUAGAAGAAUUAUUAAGUUAAACCAGAGUUUGAGCCAAGAAAACCCCUGAACAAUGUUCAUCUUCUGUGAAACUUGUUCAAAUAGUUAAGCUUAACCAUGUUGCUGCCAAAGACUGUUCCCAUGCAGUGGUGAGCACCUUGAUCAUCAUCAUUAUCUUGAUUGGUUAAAAAAAAAAAAAAAGUUUCAAGCACGCAUCACUGUCGUAUGAGAACUGCAAAUUGGGAGAAUUGGUGAAGUGCAGAAUCUGAGAGAACGUGAGAUGACAUCAUUGCAGGGUGGACAGUUCCACACAGCCUUUUCUGGGAAUCCCUUUCGGAGGACUAUUUGCGGGCUCUAAAACGCCACUUAGCUUUAGAAGCAACAGAAAGCAUGAAAUAGGGUGUCCAUUUUAAAUGUGUUCCCGCAACUUUUUUCAUUAAAACUUUGAGGGCCCAAUUUUAAUUUGUGGAAUAUUCCCGUUAAUAAUGAGAUCUAAUUAAGACAUCCAUUAAAAGCCCGUUAAAGUUAAUUUAACGUAAAAAUUCCAAUAGAACUGUAUUAGAUUUUCUCCAUUAAAUUAACAUUAUGGAUUUUUAACGGAUGUCUUAAUUAUACGUUAUUAUUAACGGGAAUACUGUAUUACACAGAUUAAAAUCAGGUCCUAAGUCAACUUGGAAAAGCUAAGAGCAUGUUUUAAUACUGAAAGUCUUGCAUACCUAGUGCACAGUUUGGAGACGCAAGGAUGGAUCUGUUUACUCUGGUUGAACAUUUUCUAUACAAUUGAAAGCAACCUAUAAUAGAUAAAUCCAUCAUUGCAUUUAAACAAUGAAUUUCCUUAUUCUCACAGGACAAGUAAGUCUGGAUUAUGUGGUAAAUUGCUACUCCGCUAUGGUGAAAUAUUUAUACUAUUCUAGGCACAACACUAGGAACCAGAUGAUUCUGAAACAAAAGAAUAUUUUCUCUUGUUGCUUUAAUUACCAAGGUUAUUUUUUAAAAAACUCAACACUGACAAAAUGAAGCCAAAUAUCUCUUCCUCACAAUUUCUCGAGGAGGCUGCCUGUUGGAAUUGUUUUGGAAAUUUUGACAUGAUCCCUAAAUUCAACAUUGGGAUUAAAAAAAAAACUUCUUAUUUACCUCCUAGGGAAAGUGUUGCCCUUAUGCCACAUAUAAUAGCAAAUUGCUUUUUUUAUGGCAUGCAUAACCUAGAUGGGAAAAAAUAUGGCGCUUCGGGGAAGGAGGGAAAAAGUAAAUGAAGUUCCAGGAAUGUCAUUCUGAAGUAAUGAGGCAUGGACAGAAAAUAUACCCCUCACAUCAUCGGAUUGAGAUGGCAGUCGAAAUAGCUUCAUUGAAGUGUCAGCACUCAUCCAUCAAUCAAUCACCCACAAGGAAAAAUAGCAACAGUACAACGGGGCGGCUUUUAUGGGAUUUACUCAUGGGCAUAGGGAAUAGCGGCUCAAAUGUAGUUCUGACAUGAAAAGCAAGGUGCUGAUAUUAUUUUUUAUGAUGGGAGGAUCAUAAAGUGAAUUGAGAACAGCGAGGUCUGUCUUUGCUUAACCUAUUCAACCAGAAAUGAAUGGAGCUCGACUGGAAAGGAACAGUCUUCGGAUGGGUUAAGAUUGAAGGGUGGACUGGACUCUACUGAGCACCGUCCUUCAAAAAGGAAAUUCUAUUAAAGGAAAAUCAAUGCAUUAUUAUUGGGGUUCUUGAAGCUGUUUAAAACUGCCUGCUCCAAUCCAGGGUUAUUAGGCCAAAGUUACAUAAUUCAGAUUCCACCACAACCAUCCAAAGUGGAUUCUUGAGCCCUUGCCCCAACAGGGGGUGGGGGGAUUGAUACAAUUCCCAACUCCAUGGAAAUUGUUUCCCUUCUAAGAAUGAAAAAAAUAAACCAUCUGCUUCAACAUAUAAUCGAUAUAGUUUGUUAGCGCAAUUUCUAUGGUGGGGUGGGGUGGGAGGUGAGAGACGAAAAUAUUGAUAAAUUUGGUAAGGCUCAUGAAUUGCCGCCUGGCAACCAUGUAUGUCACUACUGAGGGAAGGCUGCUCAUGUUCACCUUAAAAAACAAGAUCUGGGCUGGCACUGGGGCAUACACUUGGCUCUCAGCAUAUGCCUAGAGGCCAGGUCUGUCUUCGUUCAGCCAGCCCUCUGAGGCUUCUAGAAACUUCUUUCUGGAGGUAAAAACUAAAUAACAUGAACUCAGAAGAAUGUCUUUAUCCACCUUCAUACCACUGCUCUCCUCUCCCUGAAUAAAACACAGUUCUGAUAAGUUAGAACUUUAGAAUUGGAAAGGAGGAUGACAUGCAAAUAUAAUGCAAAUUACCCUCAAGUAUCUCCAUUCUGCCACCACCUCUUGGUACCAGCAAGAGCAAGAGAUUGCCUUUCCUUCCCCAUCCCUCCUUCCAGCUAAGACCACCAACCAGCGGCAAAUUGAAAUGUCCAUUUAAAAAUGCAUAUGUCAAUAUUUAAAUGUUAUGUAUUUGGCCUUAUUUUGUAGUUGAGCAAAUCCUCCAGAUAUACAGCACGUUGCAAAGCACUGGUGGCACAGGACACCACAGGAAAUUAUAUUUAUUUAGCAAAUUCAUUUAACAAAUAUUAUUAGGCACCUAUUAUGUGUGACACUCUCCUAGGCACCGUGGGAUACAACAGUAAACACUUCACACAACAGCCUGGCCUUCCUGAUGUUUUGCAACAGCUCCUAAAGAGAGCUGACAGCAAGACAUUCAAGGGGCAGAGUUCAUGUAGAAUCAAAAUAUUAGUAUUUCAGAAUAAGGAUUAUUUUUCUGAAAAGCAUACAGAGAGGAAAUAGCUUAAAAAUAGGUCAAGACCUAAAAACAGAAUAUAAUCAUAGAAUAAAUGGGAUAGCCCAGACAGUCCCCACAGAAUUUCUUUCAGGUCACAGAUUUCUUAAAACUCACCCCCAAAAUGUGCCUGCUUGGUUGUCUGAAUCUUGCAUAAUUAAUGUCACAGGCGCAAGCUGCUGAACUUAGCUGAAAUGCAGAAAACAAACAAAUGCAAUUACAUAUCUAAGAAGCAUUUAUGUAACUGGCUAAGUGGUGAGGAGGGGUGUGUGAAGACAGUCUGCAUGUAUGUGUGUGUGUAUUCAUAUACAUGUGUAUACAUAUGAAUUUCACUGUUAUUUUCCAGGGUCUCUGAACAAUGUGGCAGUUAAGAGUCUAUGAUGUUCUGAAACUUUUCACAGUAAAUCCAAAGAUUACAGGCCUUA